CUCUCAGCAUCUGUGAAUGCGGGAAUAAUUAAUGGAAGAGAGGCCAAACCUCACUCCAGACCCUACAUGGUCUCAGUGCAGAUCAGUAAGGGACACGCUUGUGGCGGCUUUCUGGUGUCUGAGUCCUUUGUUAUGACAGCAGCCCACUGCUGGCAGAAACUAAAUCUGCAAGUAGUGUUGGGUGCUCAUGAUCUGUCGGCUAAAGACAAAGUGGGCCCAGUGAAAGUGAAGACAUAUUACAGACAUCCCCAUUAUGAUUCAAAAUCUCUCAGAAAUGACAUUAUGCUAUUGGAGCUCGAGAACAAAGUUCAGCUGAGCAAGAGAGUGCAGCUUAUCCCACUUCCAAAGCCCGAUGGAGACGUCAAAGCUGGGACUGUCUGUAGUGUGGCUGGAUGGGGUUUCACCAGAUCCUAUGGACGUCCUUCUAUGCGCCUACAAGAGGCCAAUCUCACAGUCUUCAAUGAGGCAGAGUGUAAACGCCUCUGGACACAGCAUGAUGGAGAGGUGUUAGAGAACGUGUUAAACAAGGCUGUCCCACCCUCACGCAACAGCAUGCUGUGGUUACUGCUGAAUUUCUGA